GCGCAGCAAAUAAUGAACUCAUUAGUCUCUGUCACGACGGAGCUGCGCGCCCGGCCGAGGAGCUGUGCGGUGUUUAGCUGUCGCUUUAAGACCGAUUUCCCCCCAUUGUCAAACAGUCGUGAGCAGGAAGAGGGAAACGAAAGCAGACACCGAGGGGGCCCGACGUAUUUAAACACGAUGCUGCCGCACAAUAACGGCUUCGUGUGGAGGAGAGGAGCGCACUUUGACAGGGACGCACGGACACGCAGAUCCACGCCAGUGACCUUCUGAUCGGCUGGAUGGUGUCCGGACCGAAUAAAGCAGCGGACAGUGGGUAAAGUGGCUACGGGAUGAGAGAAUGCACACAUGGAAGUGUCACCUCGGGUCGUUGCCUCAGGAAAUGAUGACAGUGUCCUCCAUCAUCGCUUAGCUGCUCAGAGCGCACAGUUCUCGUCUUGCGGCCAUUUCGACUGGACUCAGUUGCCUUUUUUUGAUUUAACACACACACAAAGACUGUAAGCGGCAGGUUGGAUGCUGUUGAAGCAGGUGCAGGCAGCUUCACAGGUAUCCGCUGAUCUGCUGGCUCUGGACUCUCAUAUCUGAUCUGGACUUCAUAUUAGAAGAAUGACAUCCACUAUAGAGAGGAAGACACUGGAAGCCAAUGAGGAGCCGGUGGAUGAGGUCCUCCAGAUGCCGCCGUCUCUGCUGACAUGUGGCGGCUGUCAGCAGAGCAUCGGAGACAGAUUCUUCCUGAAGGCCAUCGAGCAGUACUGGCACGAGGACUGUCUGAGCUGCGACCUGUGUGGCUGCCGGCUGGGGGAGGUGGGCCGCCGGCUCUACUACAAGCUGGGAAGAAAAUUGUGUCGGAGAGAUUACCUCAGGCUGUUUGGUCAGGACGGUCUCUGCGCUUCCUGUGAGAAGAGGAUCCGGGCGUUUGAGAUGACAAUGCGUGUGCGAGACAAGGUUUACCAUCUAGAGUGCUUCAAGUGUGCUGCCUGCCAGAAGCACUUCUGUGUGGGUGAUCGCUACCUUCUCAUCAACUCAGAUAUUGUGUGUGAGCAGGACAUCUUUGAGUGGACCAAGAUCAACAAUAACAAUAUGGUUUAGGAGGAUCUCUUGCUCAACACAAUGGAGCUGCCUUUUUCCUCUUCCUUGAAAGGGAACGGACCACUGAUAGACAGUUUGUAAUGCCUGUGCAGGCAUCAUUAUACAUCUAAAAUUCAUAUGGAAGGAUUUUAACAUAAAAGGACAGGCUUGAUCUCUGCAGUUGUCCCUGCUGGAGACUAAUGAAGACUAUACCAGCAAUAACAGAGAUUUUUAUCUAAGGCUUCAUUCUAAAAGCAAAAAAUUCUUAAAUACUGAAAAUACAUGCAGUAUUAGUCAUUUGUUAUACACUGGAAUAUUAGAAAUGAUCAAAAACUAAAUCUUUGUGAAUUUUAUUGUAGUCAAACAUUGCUGCAUCACUUCAGUCUGCUCUAAAAUGUUCAAUAAGAUCAGCAACUAUACAGUUAUGCGUGUGUGUAAUUUCCUGAUAUUUUCUUAUUAUUAAUUAUGAACAAAUGAGAACUUUGCAGCCGAUCAAUUUAUAUCUUAAUAGUAAUGCGUUCUUUAUUAAUUACUGGAAAUGUUUUCUGUAUGUUCAAGUGUUAUUGCCUGCGAACAAGUCUCACAUUUUAAUGUUCAGUUGACCUGCUGACUUAAAGACUGUGUUCUUAAGUUGGGAAUUACUUGGAAUUUAUUAAUGAGAUGUUUACCUGCCUCUAUAUCCUGCUUACUUAUCCAUGAAACUUCUCUGGGAAAGAAUUUAUUAGGAAACUAUGAACCUGUAAAUGGAACAUUUCCAUAUUGUCAUAUCAUAAAUGGAAUACAAUAUCCAUUUUGAAAAGUCAUCAUCAGAAUGAUUGCUCUGUAUUGCCAGGUUGAACUGGUGGCGCCCUCUAGUGGAUUGAACCCAUGCAAUACUUAUUUGACUGACUUUGAAGAAGUUUUCAGUGUUUCAUGUCAUUUUAACAACUCUUUGGACAUGCACCCAACACUUUUUGGAUAUUUGCUUGUAAGUUUAUUUAAUAAAUGACAAUUUAGAGAAACACUGACAA